CAAAUAUCUCACACUCAUCUUUUUCAUCGCCAAAUGAAAAUCUCCUCCCGUACCGACCAAGAAACGCUCCGUUUUGCAGAUCUAUUCUAGGUUUCCUCCAUGGCUCUCGAAUGGGUUGUGCUCGGGUACACCGCGGCCGCAGAAGCGAUCAUGGUGCUUCUUCUCACCAUCCCCGGCCUCGACGGCCUACGCAGAGGACUUCUCGCGGUGACGCGUAAUCUCCUGAAGCCGUUCCUUUCGGUGGUCCCGUUUUGUCUCUUUCUGCUUAUGGAUAUCUACUGGAAGUAUGAGACGCGCCCGACGUGCGAGGAGGAAUCAUGUAGUCCGUCGGAACACUUGCGCCACCAGAAGUCCAUCAUGAAGAGUCAGCGCAACGCGCUCUUGAUCGCGUCGGCUUUGCUGUUCUAUUGGCUGCUGUAUUCCGUCACGCAUCUUGUGGAAAGGAUCCAGCUGUUGAAUCAGAGGAUCGAGAGGCUCAAGAACAAGGAUUGAGUGAUUAAUUGAGGUUGUUUUCCUUUGUCUUUGCUUAAAAGUUACAUUGAGGCUUUCAGAUAAGCUCAGCGAAUUCACUUUUAUUUACUGAAUGGUGUUUCAUUUCUAGA